AUGGAAGCAAUAAUUGGAGAGUUUCAGUGGAUUGUUGGUGGUAACCCUGCACCUGCUAAUUUUAUACCUGUGAACUGUAGGUUACCGCUUGAACGUCUUCAGGAGUUGGGUGUACUUUUGGGAGCUGAUGAAAGUGCCACGAGUAGAGUCAAAACUAAGAGUGUUUUGUUUCAAGAUUCAGUUCUGAGCUCAGGUACGAAAUUCCUUAAAUUGAAGGAUCUCAUGAAGAAAAUUAUCUAUCUAGGAAAUACAUUGAACCAAGGAACUGCAAAGGGUGCUGCUGUUGGGUUUAAGUUAGACAGUCUUCUAAAGCUCACAGAUACACGUGCUUCUACCAGCAGGAUGACGCUAAUGCACUUAUCUUUUCAAGGUCUGGUCCUAGCUGCCAAGAAACCAGCUCUAUUAGAUUUUCACCUCGAUUUUGUUAGCCUUGAAGCUGCAACUGAGAUACAAUUAAAAGCUUUAGCAGAAGAAAUGCAAGCUAUAAUUAAGGGAUUAGAAAAGGUUAAGCAAGAGCUGGCUGCCUCAGAAAAUGACGGUCCUGUUUCCGAAGUUUUCCAUAAGGUACAUGAAAAACCAACUACACUAGAUUGCGUCCAAGAACAAUUUGCGAAGGCACAUAAUGGUGGCUCCUACCUCUACAAAUGCAUAUGGGAGGCAUUGCAGCAGAUGAAUAAGAAUGAUAUUGAUCAACAUGCGCUUGACACCGUAUGUGCUCAAUCCGAAUUCGUGUAA